CCGGCCCCGCCCCUGCCGCGCGCGCGAGUGGGUGCGCGCGCUUGUAUGUGCGUGUGCGCGCGCGCGCCUCCGUGUGUGUGUGUGUGUGUGUGUGUGUGUGAGUGCGCGAGGGGCCGAGGCUGGAGAGGAAGCCGCCCGCCCAGCUGGGGAGCCGGAAGGAGCCCGCCCUGUCCCCCAGCCCCCUCCCCACUUCCCGUCCCGCUCCGCGACCGCUCCCCCCAGCGCGGGCCUCGGGCGCCUGGAGCCGCGCACCUCCGCACAGCUGGAGGAGCCGGCGAGGCGCAUGCCGGGCGGGGGUCCCCCGGGCGCUCCGGCCGGUGGCGGCGGGGACCAGCGCGCAGGCAGCCAGGACUGCCGGCCACCUGCGGCGGCGUUUCGGAGGCGGCGGCUGGCACGGAAACCCGGCUACAUGAGACGCGAAGCUGCGCCCCAGAUCAGGUUCCUCUCCCCCGCUGUGGGCACCUCAUUCCGGGCCCAGGGAGGGGCAUGUGGUGAGGAGUCCCACCACUCUGAGUCCAGGGCUGGACGACAGUGUGGCCUUGAACCUGGAGGCCAGUGGCCAGGCCCCUUGGUUGGGAGCCUUCUUCCCAGGAGCUCGGCAGCCUCAGCUGGAACCUGCGUGGGCCACCGAGGCCUAUCUCGGGCCCCAGCACGAGGGACCUCCGGGUUCUGUGGGAUUCAGUUUGGAGCCGGCACCAAACCGCCCAGCAGGCUGACCAGGUUGUGCGGCCCCGGGUGUCAGGGGGAGCUCCCACCCAUGGACAGUGCUGAGGCCUGUGGCCCUCGUCAGGACGCCACCUGUGGUGAAGGAGCAAGGGGCACCCAGAUCGAAGACUCUCCGGCCCCAGAGGAGGUGAGUGGCAGCAGCUGCGGCCUCAGAAGUGGCCCCAGGGACCCCUCAGCCCCCGCCAGGUCUCAGGCGGCCUUCACCUCCAGCUUCAGCUUCAUCCAGCUCUCACUCUGUGCCGCCGGGGAACGCGGAGAAGCCGAAGGCUGCCCGCCAUUCAGAGAGGCCGAGGACGCGGAAGCCAAGGCUGCCGGCUUGGACAGGCUCCAUGAAGACCCUAGACUUUUUUCUCCCCCCUUCAGUCUCAAGGCUGCUCAGGGCUCUGCAGACUCUGCCCAGAUUGCAGGAGGCAGCCCCGCGCUGGCGUGUGAGCCCCUUUCUGUGCUGGACAUAGGCGCUGCCUCCUGCUGCUCCCAGAGCCCCUCAACCUUCGAGAGCACCGCUCCUCACUGGGACCUGCUGCUCCGGAAGUGCGAGCCCCUGCUGCUGGAGUGUCUGCUCGGCAACCGCAGGCAGCUGGAGGUAAACUCCUUAAGAUUAAAGCUUCAGAAACUCCAAGAAAAAGCUGUUGAGGAGGAUGAUUAUGAUAAUGCUGAGGCAUUAAAACGAAGAUUAGAAGACCUGGAGGAAGAGAAAAGCAGCUUGCGCUUCCAGUUUCCUUCCAGGCAGCCGGUCCUCUGCAGCCUUCUGGUCUACCUGGGGGCACAGGCUGAGGCUGCCCUGCGCCAGGCCGCUCAGCAGGCGGGCGGCGAGGACGCCCCAGCUCCACUCGGAGUGGAGCCCCCAGCUCAGGACCCCCUGGGUGUGGCCAUCACCAGGCGGGACUGGCUUCUUCAAGAAAAGCAGCAACUGCAGAAAGAAAUCGCAGCCCUCCAAGCCCGGAUGUCUAUGCUGGAAGCGAAAGAUCAACAGCUGAGAAGGGAGAUAGACUUGCAGGAGCAGCUUCUCCGGUGGCAGGGCUGUGACCUGAGUCCCCUGAUGGGCCGGCUGUCCCCCAGCGAGCUGCAGGAGGUCCGUGACGCUGUGCAGGACACCCUGGCCUUAGCCAACCAGAUCCCCCUCCCUGCAGGACCCCCCGAAAGCAUAAGGAGCCUCCAGGAAAGGAUAAAACCGCUCACUCUGUCCCUUAAAGAGAUUACUGCGAAGGUGUGCAGGACCGAGAGACUGUGCAGCACUCUCAGGAAGAAAGUUAACGAAAUUGACACCCAGCUACCGGCGCUGUUCGAAGCCAAAAUGCUCGCCAUAUCAGGCAGCCAUUUCGGGACCGCUAAGGAGCUCACAGAGGAGAUCAGAUCGUUGACCUCUGAGAAGGAAGGGCUGGAGGGACUCCUGCACACGCUGUCGGUGCUGAGCUCCAGGAACGCCCGGAAGCUGGGGAGCGUUCGCGAAGAUUACAGCCGGCUGCGCAGAGACCUGGACCACGGGAAAACGGCCCACGAAACCAGCAUGAAGGAGAAGGCUGUGAAGUACAUGGACGUGCUCGUGGACAAACUGCGCAGCUGCACGUGUCCGCUGCUGGGAAGAGUGUGGGGAGCUGACUUGGAAGCUUGUCAGUUGCUUCUCCAGAGCCUGCAGCUCCCGGAUCCCGGAGGUGGCCCGUCUGCGGCAGAGGAGAAGCAGGUGGAUGACUCAGGGGGAGCUGCCAGUGCCACCGUGCCCGGCUGCUGUCCCCCACCCCGCUCUGAAGACGAGAGGAGGACCCCUCUGCAGGCGCUCGGCGAGUGGAGGGCUCAGCCGGCUCCCUCGCCUCCCCGUGCCGACAGCAAACAGAAAGAGGAAUUGUACAUCAUUUCCGCAGAACUUGGAGAAAAAUGCGAAGCCAUAGGCCAGAAGUUACUGUACCUGGAAGACCAGCUUCAUGUGGCGAUCCAGAAUCACGAUGAAGAUCUCAUUCAGUGUCUCAGGAGGGAGCUGCAGAUGGUGAAGGACACUCUGCAGGCCAUGAUCCUGCAGCUCCAGCCAGCGAAGGAGGCAGGAGAGAGAGAGGCGGCGGCUUCCUGCGUGACGGCUGGUGCCCUGGACGCGCUGCCCGAAGCGUGCGGGGCAGUGGAAGCAGGCCUCAGGAGGUAGGUGCUGGAGAUGAUGGUGCUGAGCCUUGGGAGACCGAUGGACUUUCUCCAAGAUGCGGGGCUGGUCAGCGGCUGAGCGAGCGUAGCAGAGAAGGCGGGGCGCUCUCAGCGGGGGCCCUUCAUAAGGUCCCUUCGGUGUCUUUUUGGGACCUCGAGCUGUGGAGCUUAUUUGUUCACAUAAGGAUGCAUGGUCACCUCAGGACCCUGUCCUGAGAGCCGGAGAAACUGAGCCCGGCAAUCCUUGGCUUCCCACCCGCAGCAGGACCCCGCUGUUCUGCGGCCGUGACGUCCAGGCUCAGACCGGCUCCUGCACACCUGCCCACCGCCACCGUCCUCACCGGCCGUUCGUUCUGCAUCAGCCUUGGAAGCCGUGCCAGCAGCCACCGCGGCUGCCUGAGCCUGGAUGGGUUUCCUUGACAAGCCCCAUCCACCUGGUGGGGUUCAGGAAGCAUGUGAGAAAGCAGCCCUGUGCAUCUUGGUCCACACAGGGUCUUGGAAAUGCAACCUAAUGCUUCGAUUUUGAACGUCCUCGCCUUUCCUAAUCUUUGGAUUUUGUCGUGUAAUUUAUUGCUUCAUGCAGUUGACUUUCUCUCACAUGAAAUCCAAACCGAUAUCCAUGUCAGGGUGCACCUUUAACUUUGUGUGUGUGUGUUCCGGAGUGUAACAGGAAAAGCUGGUCAGGUUCAUUCAUCUCAUCUUUUUGUGUAAUUGCACGGUAACUUACAUCACACAGAACAUCUCUAAUAAAGCGAUGCUUCACAAUGGCGUAUGUGUUUACUUUCAGGCAUCAGCCAAUCAGAAAAUAAUGUAGUUUUCUCUUCCAGAGCCUUUGAUUGAGGAAAUUGAAAAUAACAUUAGCAGUUAUGUGGGAAAAAGCCAAGCCAAACGUGCCCACCGACACCACUGGCAAAUUCUGCUGGAGAUACUGGCUAACUCAGGCGAGGAAAAGAAAUGCUGGUUACAAUCUGGGAAGGAGGAGGUACAUUAAUACUCACUGGGGACAUUCACUGCGGGCUAGAAAACCUAAGAGCACUAACCGAAUGUUUUUAUACCAUUAACACAACUAGUGACAAAAAUCAAUAGGUUUUAUAUACACAAAAAAUAACCCAAAGAUAAAAGGUAAGAAAAGACUCUAUUUUAAAUAACAGAAAUAAAGAGCAAACGGCUAGAAAUAAAAUUAACUUUAAAAUGUAGAACUCUUCGAUGAAGAACAUUGUAAGGGAAAGGGCUCAAGAGAAGAAUUUAAUAAACAGAAGGACGUCAGGUGUUCUGAUAGGAAGUCGUCAUUCAUUGUCAAAUCUCCGUACGUUAGUUCGUAAAUGGGACCUGAUCCCGACUGAGGCACAGGUGUCUAGGCUUGUCCAAUCAGCUUCCUCGGCUUCACUUCCUGGCAGUUCCUCAGGUGGGAACGUGAACCACAGAUGCUCUCACGCAUGUGCAGAGUUGCAGGCGUGCGUCAUCCCGUUAAAUUAAUAGGAGGCCACUGGGCUGAGGUGGCUCCAAUGCCGGGGAGGCCGACGUGAGCAAAGCAGAGCAAAGCGGGAGCCUGAACACGUCUUCAGGGACUUGAAAUCGAAACCUGAGGACCACCAGUCACAAACAUUCAACCGGCUGAGAACCGCAACCAAUCACUCACUCCCUUGCUCUCUGCCUUUUCUCUUUGAAGGUCGUGGGCUGCUCCCAACCACUUCCAGGUUGGCACUGCCCUGUUUGAACUGGUUUUUGCUCAGAUGAACUCUUAAAAUGUCCAGUAUGCCUCAGUUUACUCUUUAACAGUCCCAUGCUUUGCAAGAGCAAAAUGGGAGCCAACCUAAAUGUUCACCGAGUGCAGACUGUCAGGACACUUUUACACUACGGGGUGCUUUGAAGUUGCUGAAACCGUCCUUCUCUGCACGUUGGCCUGGGCCUGCAGAGACAGGGCUGGAAAGGGACCCAGGUAGGUGGCCAGGGGAAAGGGGGCAGCCAGGAUAGUCACUUUUUCUGUACUGAAUUCCUCUUUUAAAAAAUUUGGUAUCAAGUACUUCUGUUUCCUUAUUUAGAAAAUAACAUAAAUUAACUUCUUUAAGUGAAAGCCGUAAUCAUGGAGGCUGGGAGCAUCUGGGACAUGGGCCCAGGUCUCCUGGGUCCCAGGCGGGCCUCACACCCUGUUCAGCACCUAGUAUGUGCCCAGCAUGGUGCUGGGCUCCCAAGGUCCUAACCAGCUAUGACAUGCAACGAUCCAAUGAUUUGAAGGAAAGUAAUUACCGUUGUCAUUGUAACUACCAUCAUUUCAAAGACAUUUCUUAAAUGACUGUGUCUGGUGGUUUAGCACCACAAAUCCAGCCCUUGCUGGGGCCCCAGUUCCUUCCCGGGUGUGGGUGUCUGAUGACGUCUCCUUCCUUUGGACCCCAGAACACAGAGCCCCCUAGGUUGGCUGUGUGGGCAGAGUGGGGAGUGGGGAAACGGAGUCAUACCUGUCUCUCAUUGUCCCUUAGGAGCUACGUGCUCCACCUGUCAUUUAUUCAAUUAAGCGUGCUUUUCAAUGCACGUGUUGCACACAUUUGCACACUAUAGACAGGGGGUCAUGACAGGCGGCAGUGCAAAGGGCAGUGGGGAAGCGGCUUUGCCUCCCUCGUUAGCACUGUAACCCGGAAGGACUUCUUGACGUUUCUGCCCUUUUUCCAAGAGUUUCAAAAGUGACUGUUUGCCACGAAGCUCCCGCCCAUCAACAGACACCUUCCCUCCCCACGGUCUCCUCAUUCAUUCGCUCGAGAAACGUUUUUGGGUGUCCUUCUAUAAAAACUGCUCUUCCUGUAGAUGCACGAAUUUAUGAGCACAGAGGUUAAAAAUCUUAGGGAAACUUAUCUGGCAAGUAAUGAAAAUGAUAAAUUAUUAGACUAUAUACACAUAAGCACAUACAGACACACAUAGAGACACACAUGCACACAGAGACACACAGAUGCACAUGCACAUACACACACGCACACAGACCCACAACAGCAGUUGGGCUAAUGUUGACCAAUCGUUAUUUAUUAUCUUGUGUUUCCUGUAUGAUUUGUAUUUGGAAGAACAACAUGGAAAGGAAGCUUUGUGAAAAGAUUCAUCUAGAACCCACUAUCUUCAUUCUUCCAGCCCUGGACCGUACAACAAUGUAAACCGUAGCCAGCAUGCUUUUUAUUCUGCUGUUUAUGUUUGACGUUGUGUUCUUUUCCCCUUUGCAAUGUAAUCAUUACGGUCAUUGUAUUUAUGGCUGCAUAAUAUUUACUCCAUCAAAUUGACCUGCCGUAACGUCGAUACUCCUCUGUAAUUGGGUGUUAAACCUGUCCAGUGUUUUGCUGUUAUAGAUAA